AUGGCAGCUGCAACAACUACCACGACCUCUCCACCAACAACCACUACAGCAGAACCAACAAAUACGACAGCUGCACAAACAUCCACUAAAGCUGCACUAACAACCACAACAGCUGCACCAACAAACACUACAGCUGCACCAACAACAACUAGAGCUGCACUAACAACCACACCAGCUGCAACAACAACCACGCAAGCAGCCAUAACAACCACGACUGCUACACCAACAACCACGACAGUUUCACCAACAACCACUGCAGCUGUUCCAACAUCUACAACAGCUGCACCAAGAACCACAACAGCUGCACCAACAACCACUACAGCUGCACCAACAACCACUACAGCUGCACCAACAACCACGACAGCUGCACCAACAACCACUACAGCUGCACCAACAACCACUACAGCUGCACCAACAACCACGACAGCUGCACCAACAACCACUACAGCUGCACCAACAACCAUGACUACUCCAACAUCAUCUACUCCAGCUGCACCAACAACCACUGCAGCUGCACCAACAACCAAGACAGCUGCACCAAGAACCACGACAGCUGCACCAACAUCCACGACUGCUGCACCAAAAACCACUACAGCUGUACCAACAUCUACUACAUCUGCACCAAGAACCACGACAGCUGCACCAACAACCACGACUGCUGCACCAAUAACCACGACAACUGCACCAACAACCAUGGCAGCUGCACCAACAACCACUACAUCUGCAACAACAACCACAACUACUGCACCAACAUCCACUACAGCUGCACCAACAACCACGACAGCUGCACCAACAUCCACAACAGCAGCCCUAACAACCACUACAGCUGCACCAACAACCAUGACUACUCCAACAUCAUCUACUACAGCUGCACCAACAACCACAACAGCUGCACCAACAACC